GCGUUGUCAGAGCUGAUAUCCAGAAGUAAAGACAAAACAUUCGCACAGUCGAGUUGUUUGGAUUUUGACAAGUGGUGAGAUUUCUUUGGUGAUAAACCACAGGUAUUGGAAAGUCUGUCAGGAUGAGUUUGAAUAAGGGUCGGCCGCAGGACAUCAAGAAGUUGAUGCAAGAGCAAAUGAAAAACAAAGCCAUUACGAAGCAAAUCGAUUCACCAUAUGCAAAAUACAAUAGCAGGGGACAACUGAUGUGUAUAGUGUGUGGUACAAUUGUAAAAAGUGCUAUAAUUUGGCAAGCACAUGUAAUCAAGCGAUCACACUUGGAAAACUUGGCAUCUCUUCAGAAAAAACAAAAACAGAUCAACUCUCAAGCAGCCAAAAGUAACCAUGCAGAUGUUAAUGUUGAUAAGAAACGACCUGCGUCGCCUCCGACUUCAGAUGCGAAGAAGGGGGCUUUUAGUUCUACAAAUGGAAAGCCAAAAGGAAAAUUAGGGUUACGGAUUACUCUUCAUCUGAAGGAAGUAGUGACGAAGAAACAAAAUAAACCUGUUCCUGAUGUAGCCAUUAAAUCAGAACCUGGGGUAGAGCAACCAGUAACUAAUGGUGUACCUGAUGGUUUCUUUGAUGAGGACAAACCUCCAAGGACUGAAGAGGAAUCAAUGUACAAAGAGAAACUGCCAAAACCUAAAGACCCGCCUAAACCCAACACUACAGAAAUUCUUCCUGAAGGGUUCUUCGAUGACCCUGUAGCAGAUGCAAAAGCUCGCAAGGUAGAAUACAAAGAUAAGGACGCAGAAGAAUGGAUGUCAUUUAUGAAGGAGGUAUCAGCAGCAGAACAGCAGAGUCGAAUGAUCAUUGAAGAAGACAAGGAGGAAGCAGCACUGACCACACAGAUUGAACAAGCCAAUGAACAGAUUGCUUGUUUAGAAAGAGUUGUUGAAUUAGACAAGAGAAAAAACACACAACUGCAAGAACGAGGAGCAGCCAAAAAAGACUCCGACAAUGAUGAAGAUUCAAGUGAUGAAGAAUUUGCACCUGUCAUAUGGAGGACAAAGAAUUCUCUCAUAUAGUCA